AUGUACUUCUACCUUACUAUAUAUACAAGAGUAUCCAGAAGAUAUUCUAUCUUCUUUUACCCCCCAAGAAGAUACUUUAACCCUUUCUACCCAGCUUCCAGCUCUAGAAGAAAGCUUUUAGCCUUCUUUUAUACCUCAGUUAGGGGUAUUAAAGAAGUAUACUUGUUCUUUUUUUAUAAUUAUAUUAUAUACCCUAGAAAAGGUCUUAUAGUUAUAACUAUAAACACAUCAGAGAAUAGUCUUACUUAUACUAUUAAGCCUACUAAUUCUUAUAUUAUAAAGAAGAAGAAGGAGAUCCUUCUAAAAUAUCUAUUAAAAACUAGAUUAAUAAAUAUUUUAAUCUUAAUAGUCCUAAGUUAUACUAUAAGUUAUAAGCUUUACUAG